ACCACUUGUGCAUUGCACACACGAUCCAUUGAUCUCUGAUAGAUUCUUUCAUAAAACCCGCAGCAAGAUGAACCACAGACCACCGGAAAACACCCACUGUGAUCGAUAUCAUACUUUCAGGCCAAAGACUCCACCUUUUUCCGGCUAAGAUCACAGUUUCCGGCCAAACUCUUGCCGCUGAUUGAGAUGGAAUCAGUAACUUGGAGGCUGCUUUUGUCUAUGGUACCACUGCUUUUGUAUUUGCUAUUCAUCGUCUACUUCGAUUACAACUCUCCAAAGCCUACAACAAGUGGCUGCAGUCUUUUUCCUCAUGAUCAUUUCUGGAUUGCUAGCAAACGCAUUGUGACACCCCAUGAGAUCAUUUCUGGUGCAGUUGAGAUUAAUGGAGGAAGCAUCAUAUCUUUGGUUAAAGAAAAGGAUUGGCAAGGACAAGUCAAGAAUGAACCAGUGAUUGAUUAUGGAGAAGCUGUUUUGAUGCCUGGUUUAAUUGAUGUGCAUGCACAUCUUGAUGAUCCAGGAAGGGCAGAAUGGGAAGGAUUUCCUUCAGGAACCAAGGCUGCUGCUGCUGGCGGGAUAACAACAUUGAUAGAUAUGCCUCUUAAUAACUUUCCAUCUACUGUUUCUGAGGAAACCUUAAAACUUAAGAAAGAGGCUACAAAAGGGAGGAUUUAUGUUAAUGUUGGGUUUUGGGGAGGUCUAGUACCUGAAAAUGCAUUUAAUGCAAGUAUUCUAGAAGGUCUCCUAAACGCCGGUGCUCUUGGUCUCAAGUCUUUCAUGUGUCCUUCAGGAAUUAACGACUUCCCCAUGACAGAUGCUACCCAUAUCAAGGAAGGACUAUCCGUAUUGGCCAAGUACAAGAGACCUUUGCUUGUCCAUGCUGAAAAACAGCAAGAAUUGGAACUGGAAGAUGGUGUUGAUGAUCCGAGAUCCUAUUCUACAUAUCUUAAAACCCGACCCGCCUCAUGGGAAGAGACGGCCAUUAGAGAGUUGCUGACAGUAGCAAAAGACACUAGAAUUGGUGGUCCAGCUGAAGGAGCUCACGUUCACAUUGUUCAUCUCUCCGAUUCACGAUCCUCUCUGGAAUUGAUCAAAGAAGCAAAAAACAAUGGUGAUAGCGUAACUGUUGAAACUUGCCCGCAUUACUUAGCCUUUUCUGCAGAAGAGAUCCCAGAUGGCGAUACUCGUUUCAAGUGCUCACCACCCAUUCGCGAUGCAUCCAACAAAGAUAAACUCUGGGAGGCUUUGAUGGGCGGAGAUAUCGACAUGUUAAGCUCUGAUCAUUCACCAUCUGCGCCUGAGCUUAAACUAUUUGAGGAAGGCGACUUUUUGAGGGCGUGGGGAGGUAUAUCUUCGUUACAGUUUGUUCUUCCUGUUACAUGGUCCCAUGGGCUUAGAUAUGGUGUCACUUUGGAGAAAUUAGUUUCAUGGUGGAGUGAGAAGCCUGCUAAACUUGCUGGCCAAGAUCUAAAGGGGGAGAUUGCAAUCGGGAAGCAUGCGGAUAUUGUAGUUUGGGAACCGGAAAAGGAGUUUGACCUUGAUGAAAAUCACACCGUACAUGUGAAACAUCCGAGCAUAUCGGCAUACAUGGGUUCAAGACUCGCCGGAAAAGUUGUGGCAACUUUUGUUAACGGAAACUUAGUGUUUGAUGACGGAAAACAUGCUCCCAAUGCAUGCGUGCCGGUUCUUGUCUUCGUGUGGGCGGUGUUGAUAAAGAAUGAACCAGUGAUUGAUUAUGGAGAAGCUGUUUUGAUGCCUGGUUUAAUUGAUGUGAAGGGAGAAUGGGAAGGAUUUCCUUCAGGAACCAAGGCGGCUGCUGCUGCUGGCGGGAUAACAACAUUGAUAGAUAUGCCUCUUAAUAGCUUUCCAUCUACUGUUUCUGAGGAAACCUUAAAACUUAAGGUUGAUGAAUCUAACAUUUACUUUUAUUACUUAGGGUUUUGGGAAGGUCUAGUACCCGAAAAUGCAUUUAAUGCAAGUAUUUCUAGAAGGUCUCCUAAACGCCGGUGCUCUUGGUCUCAAGGAAUUCACGACUUCCCCACGACAGAUGCUACCCAUAUCAAGGAAGGGCUAUCCGUAUUGGCCAAGUACAAGAGACCUUUGCUUGUCCAUGCUGAAAAACAGCAAGAAUUGGAACUGGCAGAUGGUGGUGAUGAUCCGAGAUCCUAUUCUACAUAUCUUAAAACCCGACCCGUCUCAUGGCCCUCUUACUUAGCAUUUUCUGCAGAAGAGAUCCCAGAUGGCGAUACUCGUUUCAAGUGCUCACCACCCAUUCACGAUGCCUCCAACAAAGAAAAACUCUGGGAGGCUUUGAUGGGCGGAGAUAUCGACAUGUUAAGCUCUGAUCAUUCACCAUCUGCCCCGGAGCUUAAACUAUUUGAGGAAGGCGAUUUUUUGAGGGCGUGGGGAGGGAGAGAUUGCAAUGGGGAAGCAUGCGGAUAUUGUAGUUUGGGAACCGGAAAAGGAUUUGACCUUGAUGAAAAUCAUACCGUACAUGUGAAACAUCAGCAUAUCGGCGUACAUGGGUUCAAGGCUUGCCUGGCAACUUUUGUUAACGGAAACUUAGUGUUUGAUGACGAAAAACACGCUCCCGAUGCAUGCGGGUGCGGACUAUUACCGACCGUCGUCCAUAACCAUCAAGAUGAUGCUGCUAAAGAUUUUCAUUUUUCUGAUGGUUACGAGGCAACAAUAUCCGCCCUUGUAAAAGGAAAGAACAGGCGAACAACAGAAUUGCAGCUGCGCAGAACAGCUGAACAGCAGCAGGCAGCAACAAUGCAGCAGGUGACGGUGGUGAAUAGCGGAGCGCCGAAGCCGGCAACUUCGAUUUAA